CAUCUUCCCCCAGAUAGACCGGAUUAUUUCCCGGUCGGUGGAAGUUCACAGCUCCUACAGGAUGAGACUGGGGGCUCUCUUAGUUUUUAUUUUGAUGUGGGCAUCUUCCUCUCUGUCAGCCGGACCGUCUAAUGUGAGGGACGCAGGUCCACAGAGGCGCUGCUUCCACCGAGCCUGCAACCCCCGCAUCGGUAACCUGGCUCUGGGCAGAGUGCUCAGCACGCAGUCCGUCUGUGGCUCCAACUCUUCGGAGCGCUUCUGCUUCUUUAAGCAGUCCGCCCGCUCCAACUCUUCGGAGCGCUUCUGCUUCUUUAAGCAGUCCGCCCGUCCCCGCGGCAAGCGGUCCUGCUCUGCGGCUAAAUGCGCCCGCUGCGACGCCGCCGCGCCCGGCCAGGCGCACCCGGCUGCGGCCAUGAGCGACUCCUCUUUCCGCCAUCCGGAUACCUGGUGGCAGUCAGCUGAGGGGGUGGAGGAGGAGACGCUCCAGCUGGACCUGGAGACGAAGUUCCUCUUCACUCACCUGAUCCUGGUGUUCCGCUCCCCGCGCCCCGCUGCCAUGCUGCUGGAGCGCUCCCAGGACUUUGGACGCACCUGGAGGACCAUCAGAUAUUUUGCCCAUGACUGUGAGACGAUGUUCGGCCUCGCAGAGGGUUUACCUGUCGGGGAAGACGCGGCGACCUGCACCUCCAAAUACUCAGGAGCUUUGCCCUGCACCAGAGGAGAGGUAAUCUAUCGAGCCCUGUCGCCUUGGCACUCGGUGGAUCCCUACGGACUGGCCGCUCAGAACCAGCUCGCCGUCACCAACCUGAGAGUUCGUCUCUUGCGCAGACAGCAGUGCCCGUGCCAGGCCAAACGUCGUGGAGCUGCAGCUCUCCCAAUGGAGCACUACGCUAUCUACGAUUUCAUUGUCAAAGGCAGCUGCCUGUGCAACGGACAUGCCGAUCACUGCGUGCCAGCUCAGGGCUAUCGACCAGGCCCGGAGAAGGCCAGUAGCAUGGUCCAUGGCAAAUGUGUUUGCAGACACAACACAGCCGGCGACCACUGCGAGCGCUGCGCUCCUCUCUACAAUGACCUGCCAUGGCAGGCGGCCAACGGCAUCAUGGGUACACCACAUGCAUGCCAGAAAUGCAAGUGUAGCGGUCAUGCCAGGAGCUGCCGCUUCAGUCGAGGACUGUGGCUAGCUACAGGACGGCGGAGAGGAGGUGUUUGCAACGACUGUCUCCACAACACAGAGGGGCGUCACUGUCAAAACUGUAAGAAGGGCUUCUACAGGGACCCGAGCCGUCCGAAAACCGCGCCAGACUCCUGCAAACGCUGCUUCUGCCACCCCGUUGGCUCUGUCCCCUCAGGCGGCGGCGCCCCCUGUGACCCCAGCAGCGGGAAAUGCACUUGUAAGCCCGGCGUGGAAGGCCCCCACUGUGACAAGUGCAUAAGGGGAUACUGGGGGUUUCAUGAAUACGGCUGCCGUCCGUGCGACUGCGCGGGGGGCUGUGACCCCUACACCGGUGACUGCGUAUCUGGCUCAGAUGUGGAGGUCCUCUAUGCUGCUGCCGGAAACCCAGGGAACGGCAGCGAUAAUAGUGAGACAGCACUCUUCAGAGUGGAGGAGCUUUUCUCUGCACUGCACCACUCUGAGGAAUGUGAGUGCAUUGAAGGUAACCUGGGCAGCCCUAAAUGGUUCUGUGUGGCUAAGUUUGACUAUGUUCUGGUGGUGAAGGUGAUGUCCGCUCAUGAUAAAGGUUCUCAUGCCGAGGUGGAGGUGAAGAUUAAAAAGGUUCUUCAUCAGAACCCUCGCUUGAAGAUCCAGCAGGGAAGUGUCACUCUUCAUCCUGAGUCCUGGACCGUCCGAGGCUGUACCUGUCCCAUCCUCAAUCCAGGUUAUGAGUAUGUAGUUGCUGGUCAUAAAAACUGGAAAACUGGCCGACUCGCGAUGAACACCAGGAGCUUCGUUAAGCCGUGGAAGACGAGCCUGGGACCCAAACUCCUCCACAUUAUCAGAAAGGACUGCGGGCGGCGGUAAAGAGGCUUCCAAGAACAACAAGGGAUGGGGAAGGUGGAUUAUUGUCUGUGACGUGAGAGAAAGCGUGGUCCGACAUUCAACUGUGUGACUCCCCUGAUUGACUGAUACCUUUUCUCCUGCUGGCCAAAAGGUGUCAACCGGACAGAAAAACUACAAAAGACUGUUGUUAAGCUGUCAAAAGAAUAAAAGAAACAACAUCAACUUCUUUACAGGCAGAAUGAAACAUUUUAAAUUUGAUCUUAUGUUUUCUGAUGUUUUUUUACGGCUUGUUUUUAAACUACACGCAGAGAUAUAUUUUGUUUAAGUGUUUAUGGUUCCCGCUUUGGUUAUUUUAUUGAAAAGUACUUGAACAGCGUCAAUGCCACAGUUUGAAGUAUUCCUAUGAUUUCAGAUGAUAAUAAAUUAUGAUGAGUUGA